AUGAAUCUGGACGGCGAGACUAAUCUUAAGUUGCGCCAGGCGCUUCACGAGACGUACUCGCUCGACGGGUCACAGCUGGCGAGAUUAAGAGGCACUGUGGAGUGCGAGCAUCCUAACGUCUCGAUUUACACUUUCACGGGGAAGAUGCGCCUCGAGGGCCUUCAAGAGACGCCUAUUUUCCUAUCUCCGACUAACAUUCUCCUUCGCGGCUCCAAGUUAAGAAACACGCGGUUCGCGGUGGGUCUGGUGGUGUACUCGGGGCGCGAGACGAAGAUCAUGAUGAACGCCACGGAUCCGCCGUCCAAGCGAAGCUUCGUGGAAAGGCGGCUAGAUUACGUCAUCCUUUUCGAGCUCGUUCUCAUGCUGUCUCUCGCGAUCUUCCCCGCAGCGGUCUUCGCGGCGCGGCUGCCGUACCAGGAACAGUACAUGUGGUACCUGGAGCUGGAUCAGAACGCGCAGCUCACGGGCCUUAACAAGGCGCAGUAUAACGCGGACAACCCCGCCCUGGCGGGCGUGUUGCAGUUCUUCACAUGCCUCGUGCUCUAUGGUAUGGCGAUUGCCGCUCCCUGUUGUCCCCCCUCCAGCUCAUUCCCUCCAUCUCCUUCCUUCCACUUAUCCCCUCCCUUCUCAUUCCCCCCACUCUCCCCCCCCCUUUCAUCCCCUCUCCUCUCAUCCCCUCCCCUCUCAUCCCCUCCCAUCUCACCCCCCCCCACGCAUCCCCUCCCCCCACCCCUCUCAUCCCCCCGUCUCAUCCCCACCCCUCUCAUCCCCACCCCUCUCAUCCCCACCCCUCUCAUUCCCACGCCUCUCAUCCCCACCCCUCUCAUCCCCACCCCUCUCAUCCCCACCCCUCUCAUCCCCUCCCCUCUCAUCCCCACCCCUCUCAUCCCCACGCCUCUCAUUCCCUCUCCUGCAGGCUACGUCAUGCCAUUCGCUCAGCACAUGAUGCUGGACAUGGUGAAGUGGCCGCAGGGUGCCACUACCACCCUAUGCAUGUGCAUGCGCUACUACGUGCCCAUCUCGCUUUGUGACGACAGAGAUAGUGAAGCUGCUGCAGGCUGCCACUGCCGCUGCUACUUUGUGCCGAUAUCGCUGUAUGUGACGAUGGAGAUAGUGAAGCUGCUGCAGGCGGUGACGAUAUCACUGGACCUGCACAUGUACUACGACGACAAGGACAUCCCCGCCCUCGCCCGCACCUCUAAUAUCAACGAGGAGCUCGGCAUGGUGCGCACGGUGCUGUCAGACAAGACGGGCACGCUCACGCGCAACCAGAUGGAGUUCUUCAAGUGCUCCAUCGCCGGCACGCCCUACGGCAUGGGCGUCACCGAGGUCGAGAAGGCCGCCGCCCAGCGCGCAGGCCGCCCUCCCCCAGAAGAGGACGAGGACGAUGACCAGGUGUACGUGCCGGAGAGGCCGCUGGAGAAGGGCUUUAACAUGCGCGACCCGCGGCUGGACGGCAUGAAGUGGGUGGAGCAGCCGUGUGCCGAUGAGAUCCGACGGUUCUUAGAGGUGCUGUCGGUGUGCCACACUGUCGUGGUGGACACGGCUCCCAUUGAGCGCGCUGCUAGCAGUAACAUCUUUGCCAUGGGCAGUGCUGCUGGCGUGGGGAGUGGGGGUGUGUUGGGGAGUGACGCAGGGGGGAUGAAGAGCAGCAGCAGCAGCGUGAGCCUGGCGAGUGCGGGGUCCAGUGUGAGAGGCGGGGCGGCCAGUGCAAGCGCAGGCGGAGGGGGCACGCCGCUGCUGCCAGGGGAAGGGGGAGGCGGGGGAGACACACCACUGAUGCCGGGGGGGGGGGAGGUGGUGGAUGGCGAGGCGGUGAGGUUCCUGGCAGAGUCGCCUGAUGAGGCGGCGUUUGUGGUGGCGGCCAAGCGCCUGGGGUUCCUGUUCCUGGGGCGGCAGGGCAACGAGCUGAAAGUGCGCGAAUACGGGGCGCGGUGGAGUGUGGUGCAGGACCGUUCGUAUGAGCUGCUCAACACUCUCGAGUUCACCAGCCACCGCAAACGCAUGUCAGUGGUGGUGCGCACGCCAGAGGGGCGCCUGCUGCUGCUCUGCAAGGGCGCCGACAGCAUCAUCAUGGACCGCCUCGGGGCCUCUGAGCACGCACAGAAGUACCGGCCAAUCACGGAGCGCCACAUGACCAUGUAUGCGGAGGCGGGGCUGAGGACGCUGGCGAUCGCGUGGAGGGAGGUGGGCGAGGAGGAGUACGCGGCGUGGCAGCAGCGGUGGGUGGAGGCGAAGGGGUACGUGGCAGACGCAGGUGUGCAGGCGGAGCGGCUGGAGGCGCUGGCUGACGAGCUGGAGAGUGGACUCAUGCUCGUGGGCGCCACCGCCAUUGAGGAUAAGCUGCAGGUGGGAGUACCGCAGGCAAUAGAGGCGUUGGCGCAGGCGGGGAUAAAGCUGUGGGUGCUGACUGGGGACAAGCUGGAGACGGCGAUCAACAUCGGGUUUGCGUGCAGCCUGCUGCGCCACCACAUGCAGCAGCACCUCGUCUUCCUCGAGGACAAUGAUGCCGCUGCCAAGGAGGCUGCCAGAAGGGGCGUGCCACUCGAGGAGUUUGCAGCGGAGUUGGUGCGGUCGCAGAUCCUGGCAGCCAGUGAGUCCGUGCAUGGCGCACAGUGGGCAGGCCCACAGCAGGCAGGCAGCACAAUGGCCAGUGGGAGAACCAGCAACCGUGUUGAUCACCCUUCACAGGAACACAGAGGGGACGGGGGCAUUGGUGAGGGUGAGGGCGAGGGCGAGGGUGGAAGUGGGAGUGAGAGUGGGAGUGAGGGCGGGGCGGCACAGGAGCAUGCGGUGGUGAUAGACGGCAAGGCGCUGGCGCUGGUGCUGGCGGACGAUGCUCUGCGCGCCGCCUUCCUGGAGCUGGCGCUGCAGUGCGCGUCCGUCAUCUGCUGCCGCGUGUCGCCGAAGCAGAAGGCGCAGGUGACGGCCAUGGUGCGGCGCGAGGGCAAGCAGAUCUGCCUCGCCAUUGGAGAUGGGGCCAACGACGUGGGCAUGAUCCAGAAGGCGAACAUUGGCGUGGGGAUUCGCGGCGAGGAGGGGCAGCAGGCUGUCAUGGCGUCAGACUUUGCCAUUGGUCAGUUCAGAUUCCUGGAGCGGCUGUUAUUGGUGCAUGGGGGAUGGUGCUACAAGCGCAUCUGCAUUCUGAUAACCUAUUUCUUCUACAAGUGUUUCGUGUUCGCCUUCACCAUCCUCUUCUACAACUGUCUCGCAUACUUCUCCGGCACAGCAGUGUACUACGACUGGUACCUCACGCUCUUCAUGGUCUUCUUCACCUCGCUGCCCAUCGGCGUGGUGGGAGUCAUGGACCAGGACGUCAAGGCUGUCUACCGCCUGCGCUACCCACAGCUCUACAAGCAGGGCCAGCGCAACGAGUACUUCUCGGUGCUGAAUGUGGCGAGCUGGAUGGUGAACGGGCUGGUGCAGGCCGCCAUCAUCUUCACACUCACGCUGCUGCCCUUCGCCCUCGUGCCCGACCGCAGCAGCGGGCUCAUCCUGGACCUCACGGCCGUGGGCACCAUCAUGUAUGCUGCCGUCGUCACCACCGUCAACCUUGAACUCGGCUCCAACGUGCAGUAUUGGAACGCACUGCAUUUCCUCACCAUAUUCGGCUCCAUCGUCUUCUUCUUCAUCCUCAUGAUGGUCGGCAGCUACCUGCCCGCCAAGUGGGUCGGCAAUCUGGUGGGAGUGGCCGCCCAGCUGCUGCCCGCCGCCAGCUUCUGGCUCAACCUGCUGCUCGCCGUCGUGGCCGCCAUGCUGCCCUCCUACGCUAUCCGGGGGAUCUGGAGGCAUGUAUGCCCGGGUGACCAUGAGGUGGUGCAGGAGAUCGAGCGCAGAGAGAGGCGGCGACGGUUGAUGCGGCUCUCCACCAUGGCACGCCACAUGUGCGCCAGUGCACCGCUGGUGUCCAAUCACAGCGCGAGUGGCGCUGCUGAUGUGGAAAGGUCGGCUCAUGGCACUGCUGGUAGGGAUGACAGUGGGGAGGGGAAGGGGAAGGGGAAAAAGAAGGGGGUGGGUGGGGUGGGGAACGGGGUUGUGGGAGAGUACCAGGUGGCAGCAGAGCAGGGUCCGAGUGUGGCUGAGGAGUUGAGACACAGACACAGCAGCAGCAGAGACACUCAGCAGUAG